AUGCUGUGCCGACCAAACGUAGCGUGGGAUACGGAGAAGGGAGAGAGAGAGAAGGGUCUCUCGGGUAGGUUGGUCAAUAUUACACAAGAGCACGUCAUCGGCUUGCUCGCGGCCGUCGGAGAGAGUGGCAGUGGAGUGACGCAUCGCGGGGUAUCCCGCCGCCGCGCCGUGACGCGCCAGCCUUUUCGAUUUGCACCUCGACGACGAGCAUUUACCUUAUUAGCUUCAUACGGUAAAAAUCAUAAUGAUAACGAAAAUCAGUUGUGCAAUAGCUUUCAUCAGCUCCGUAUAUUUAUUGGU